AUGGAGACGGCGGCAGGCGGCGGGGAGCCGCGGGGCUGGCGGCGGCGCUCGGGCUCCGACCCGGCCCCGGCUCCGGCUCCAGUCCCCGAGCCCCGCCGGUCUCCCAGCCCCAGCCGCCUGGACGUGAGCUCGGCCCGCUUCGACCCGCUGCUGGCGCUGUACUCGGCCCGCACGCCGCUGCCCUUCCCCGGCGCGCCCUGCUUCAACAACCUGGCCGAGUACGAGAGCUUCCAGCGGGGCCUGCGCCGGCCGCCCGCCCGCCGCGGCCCGCCCGCCUCGCGCAGCGCCCGCCGCCGCCCGCCCGCCGCCGACCCCGAGCGCCUCCAGCGCCUCCGCCGCCUCAUGGUCAACCGCGACCCCGAGCGCGAGGCGGCGGCCCGCGGCCGGGCCGGGCCCCGCCGGGCCCCGCGCAACGUCCUCACCAGGAUGCCGCUUCAUGAAGGCAGCCCUCUUGGCGAGCUACAUCGUUGUGUCAGAGAUGGUGUAAAAGUCAAUGUCCACAUCCGAACUUUCAAGGGACUGCGUGGAGUCUGCACAGGGUUUUUGGUUGCAUUUGACAAAUUCUGGAAUAUGGCCUUGACAGAUGUAGAUGAGACAUACAGAAAGCCUGUACUGGGCAAAGCAUUCUACAGUGAACCUCAGCUGACUCUUACCAGGCUGUUUGACAGACUCAAACUGCAGGAGUCCUUGAUAAAGAAGGGAGCUGACUCAAGGACUGCAACAGAGGAGCCAGCUCUGACAAAUGAAUCAAAGACCCUUGGACGGAAAGCUGGGUCAGGAUGGGGGAGAGCAGAGGACGAGUGUGGGAUGCAGAAAGUUUUGGGUGGAGCUGGAGAAAAAACAACGAAUGACAACUUGCAUCUGGCAGUCAGGAAUAAGGCUGACCUGCCGAGCAGGACUGCCCAGACAGAGGGCACUAGUGCAGGGGGUGCUAAUGCAAAAGGCCAGCCACGGAAAAAGCGGAGGCCCAAAGUGGAUUAUCAGCAGGUGUUUACACGUCAUAUAAACCAGAUAUUUAUCCGAGGAGAGAAUGUCUUGCUUGUUCAUUUAGCACAUUGACUUGGCUGAGCCUUAAUCAGUAUAUUUAACGCACAGCAUGAAUUGCAGCUACAGCUCUGGGCUGCUUAGUUAUGAUACCAUGGUACUUCACAACAAUGUUGUUUCCCUUCCUUCAGCCAUAACAGGACAGGGGAAAUAGCUGCAAGUUUGUCGGAGGUUGCUGCAUCUUGAGCCAGCUGCCAGAUCAGCCUCGCUAGACCUCUUCCAUUCAAGGGGUUGAAGGCAAGUUCAGCAAGAGUUUGCUUCUGCAAGAUGAGGAAAUGAGAAGAAUCCUCAGGGCAGGACAGGAGGCUUCUUAACAGGCUAAAUUAAGAGGGUUGAGGGGUGACAUCAGUGUGCUUGGUUAUGGAACAAAAUAGUCACCCCACAUUUAAAGAGCAUGUGACUCAGCAUACAAGCCUAAAAUGAGUGACCACUGCUAAAUACGGUCUCAUAAUUGCAAGAGAAAUUGGUUUCUAAUGAAACCAACAACUUAUGUAAUAUUAGUUAAUAAUAAUUUAAAGUCUGGCAAAGAAUAACUCUUGUAUCUUAAUGUAUAAGGGAAUUAACAGCCUAUGCAAAAGAGGGACAACCACAAUGGCAUUAACCAUUAGUGUCCUGCUGUGGCAGGCACAGCUCUGUAAAUGCACCCCAGUCCUGAGCUGCAGCACGCCUGUCUUUUGAACAAAGACUGAAUGUUGAGGUGGUCUGAUGUGUCUAAAUAAGGAUGGGGGGAACCCUCUUUGUCAGGAUUUGAACUUGUCUCCAUUGGCAUAGCUUGUGCUCUUACCCACCUGCCAUGCUUUCUGCCUGCACCGCCAGCCAGCAGUCAAAGUAGUCAAUCCAAUAACUUUCUUACUGGGAAUUUCUGUAUGAAACACAAGAAAUCAUACUCCAGUCUUUUGUAUUUCUUAUCAUCCAUUUGCCACACAGUCUCACAUUUUACUGUUACACUAUGUACUUUUCUUGUCAAAUUUGAAAAAUAGCUUGCACUCA